ACAACGUCAUUUAGCAACUUUUAGCAAGUCGUCAACCUGCCUCUAGCAACUUACCCUGAAAAUGAGUUGGCAACACGCGGCUCAUUGAGAAGAGUAAGAACGAUACGUGCUUCACGUCAGAGUCUCCAAAAGUCUCCAAUAACACCAGAAAAAGUCGCUAGUCUCUUUUUUGAAACUGUGCGCUAGAGGGGUCUGAAUACUCGCUAAAUAUAGCGAUAACGUCGCUAAAUUGGCAACACUGGCGGAGGACCGAAAGGCGAACACGUGCUACACCAGCAGAGAGAGGAGUUCUAGUGAUGACGUGAGGUUCAACAUGGACAACAGUAAACAGUAGGCCUAACUUUAGCAUGUAGCACCAAUGUCAAAUGUGUUUUCUAGCAUCUAUUACGUCUCAGAUGUUUUGGUGCUUAUUAAAAGUCAACUAGGCCGAUGCUAUUUGUGUCUGUGUGCACACCUGUAUUGUGCUAACUCUUAGGAUGACUGUGAGGAGAUGAAUGUGUAUUUUUCCCAGAGCAAAUGGACCAGUUUGGCGGAAUGGGAGAAAAAGCGCUACAGAAACAUGAAGAGGAACCACUUGGCCAUGUUGGCUAUAGGUCUGCAGCCGCUGGUCCCUGUAUUUAUGAUGCAUGGCCGGGAGGGGAAGGAGAGAGGGCGUAGAUCGCCCCCACAAAGACCUAGUGACACAGUGGAGGAAGAAUGGACCCCUCACCUGGAGAGAAAAUACCAGGGUAAAACUCAAAGGAGGAGGGAGAAUAAGUCCAGAACACAUUCUACAGCCUCCACAUCUAACCCCUCUCAGUCCAGAACACCUUCUACAGCCUCCACAUCUAAACCCCCUCAGUUCAGAACACCUACAGCCUCCACAUCUAAACCCCCUCAGUCCAGAACACCUUCUACAGCCUCCACAUCUAAACCCCCUCAGUUCAGAACACCUUCUACAGCCUCCACAUCUAAACCCCCUCAGUCCAGAACCCCUUCAACAGAAACCACUUCUAAACUCUCUCAGUCCAGAACAUCUUCAACAGAAACCACUUCUAAACUCUCUCAGUCCAUAACAACUGAAACAUCAUUGACUACAGGGUCCAAUACUUCACCUGCUACCUCAGCCUCAACCAAAACCCUCAACACAGCGACCUUAACUCCUACUGAUUCACAGACCUUAACCUCGUCCCCAACCAGAACCAAACGUUCUGACACCACAGCCACACCUAAAACCUCGACAAGCUCAGAGGUGACCUCAGCCACGUCCACUGCUACACAGGUAAUCACAAGGACUGACCCCUCGACCCCAGCCAGACCACAGCUGAGCAGAGGACCAGUGGUGACACGUAUUUACACCUGGAUGUGGACUGACUGGUGCAGUCACAAAAUGGGAAGAGAACCUUCAAGACAACCUCACCUGGAUGAGCUGACUGGCGAGAGAGAAUUAGAGGCGAGAGAGAGUAGGGACGAGACGGAGCGGAAGAAAGAGAAGGAAAGAGCGAGAGAAGAGGAGAAACAGGAGCUGCUGAACGAAGAGAGAGACAGAGAAAAGGAGAGAGCGAGAGAAGAGGAGAAACAGGAGCUGCUGAACGAAGAGAGAGACAGAGAAAAGGAGAGAGCGAGAGAAGAGGAGAAACAGGAGCUGCUGAACGAAGAGAGAGACGGAGAAAAGGAGAGAGCAAGCAAAGGAGGGAUGGAAUCAGAGUGGACGAGUGGGGGACAGGAGGAGAGCGGGAGUGAAGGAGAGAGCACACCCAGCAGCUCUCACAGGGACCCAGUGUGUGUGUCAGAGCAGAGGAAGAGGGCGUGGCUAAAGCAGGUGAACCUCUGCAGCAGAGUCAGAGUCGGCUAUACUGAGGAAGAGGAGCUGAGAGAGGAAGAUUACUUCUUCUGUGAGGAGUGCAAGUCUUUCUUCAUUGAGGAGUGUGAGCUCCACGGUCCCCCCCUCUUCAUCCAAGACACCCCUGCCCCCCUGGGGGCCCCAGACAGGGCCAGACUCACCCUGCCGCCCGGCCUGGAGGUCAGGACAUCAGCCAUCCCUGGAGCUGGGCUGGGGGUCUUCAACUACGGACACAGUGUGACCCAAGGGACGCACUACGGACCGUAUGAAGGAGAACUCACAGACACGGAGCUGGCCAUGGAGAGUGGAUACUCCUGGGUGAUCUACAAAAGCAAGCAGAGUGACGAGUACAUUGAUGCCAAGAGAGAGACUCACUCCAACUGGAUGAGGUAUGUGAACUGUGCCCGUAAUGAGGAAGAGCAGAAUCUGGUGGCUUUCCAGUACAGAGGAGGGAUUCUGUACCGCUGCUGUAAGCCUAUAGCUGUUGGAGAGGAGCUGUUGGUUUGGUACGGAGAGGAGUACGCCAGAGACCUGGGCAUCAUCUUCGACUUCCUCUGGGACAGAAAGAGCUCCGCUAGAGGUGUGAAUGAGUCGUCCCAGUCUCAGAUCUUUUCCUGCUCUGGUUGUCCGUUCUCCUUCACGGCUCAGAUCUACCUCUACAAGCACGCAAAGAGAUGCCACAGGGAAGAGUACGUCAGGCUGCCGAGGAGUGGAGGGAUUAGAUCAGAGACACUAGCACCACCCAGUGGCUCUCAGCGGUGUUCAACAACUCCAGAUCGCACCCCAAUCACACUCCUCACCCAGAAACACCAAGACACAGGGAAGCCAAGACCUCACCACUGCUCUCAGUGUGGGAAGAGUUUCCAUCGAUCAGGAGACUUAAAGGUGCACCAACGUACUCACACAGGAGAAAGGCCAUACCACUGUUCCCAGUGUGGGAAGAGGUUCAGUGUGUCAGGAAAUUUAAAGACACACCAGCGUAUUCACACAGGAGAGAGGCCGUAUCCCUGCUCUCAGUGUGGGAAGAGUUUCCAUCGAUCAGACUUAAAGGUGCACCAACGUACUCACACAGGAGAAAAGCCAUAUCACUGUUCCCAGUGUGGGAAGAGGUUCAGUGUGUCAGGAAAUUUAAAGACACACCAGCGUAUUCACACAGGAGAGAGGCUGUAUCCCUGCUCUCAGUGUGGGAAGAGUUUCCAUCGAUCAGUAGACUUAAAGGUGCACCAACAUACUCACACAGGAGAAAAGCCAUAUCACUGUUCCCAGUGUGGGAAGAGGUUCAGUGUGUCAGGAAAUUUAAAGACACACCAGCGUAUUCACACAGGAGAGAGGCCGUGUGACAGUCAGGAAGCUUAAAAAGCGUACUCACAUGAGUCACUAGCACCAACUGAUUUACCGGUGGCAUUCCAAAACUCUAAAUGCCGCAAAUAGUUUGUUUGUUGGAAUAAAAAUCUAGUUUAACUGUG